UCGACAGAGCUAAUGUCAGUAGUAGACAUGCGAUGUUCAUUAUUGCUCCAGUUCUAUCAAGUGUUGGUGUUAAUAUAGAAGAUACAACUCUUAGUUACAGAACAAUCCAACGAACUCGCAUGCUCUUACGAAAAGAUAUUGCUAUAGGACUAAAAGAUAACUUCAAAGCUCAUGAUAAAUACGUCGUGCAUUGGGAUGGCAAAAUACUGAAUGACAUUGCUGAAUCGAAAUUUGUGGACCGGUUACCGAUUCUUUUGACUGCUUUUGGUACUGAGCAGUUACUUGGAGUUCCAAAAAUGAAUAGUGGAACGGCAGAAAGUCAAGCAGCAGCCAUCUUAUCGACGUUGAAUCAAUGGCGUAUUAUUCGUUACAUUAAGGUGAUGUGUUUCGAUACGACUGCAGUUAAUACGGGAAUCCAUCACGGUACAUGUAAAGAAAUUGAAAAGGCCUUAGGAAAAGAAUUAAUUUGGUUACCUUGUCGCCAUCAUAUUUAUGAAAUCAUUUUAAGGAGUGCAUUCGAAGUGUAUUGGCCAGCAACAUCCGGACCAAAUGUUACAAUAAUAAGGGAGAUUUAAGAAAUUUUGGGACACAGUCGAUAAAACGAAAUAUAAUCUGGUGUUGAAGAUACGAUUGUUGCUAAUAUUGUUACGAAUGAAAAAAAUCAUCUAGCUACAUUUAUUACGAGAUACUUACAGUUAUCGCAACCCGGAGACGACUAUAGAGAAUUAUUGGAAUUGUCAUUAAUGUUUCUUGGAGAAAUGCCACGAGACCAAGUUUUCUUUAAGCGUCCUGGUGCGAUUCAUCACGCAAGAUGGAUGGCAAAGGCAAUUUAUUGCCUAAAAAUAUUUAUUUUUAGAGAUAGCUUUGUCCUUUCUAAGAAAGAAUUGGAUGUCUUCGACAACUUUGUAGUUUUGUAGUUAUGGUGUAUGUAAAAGCUUGGUUUUCAUCAACUUCUGCGCCUUCUGCUGCUAGUCACGACUUGGAGUUCAUGAAAACGUUAAUUGAGUACAGGCAAAUUAAUCCUUUGAUA